CCUUUUGUUCUUCAAUUCAGCAAGGCGGAGGUAUGAAUCGGACCAAUUGUUCUAGUGAUUUUAAUAGAAUUGUGCUUUUUCAUGUUGUGAAAUUAUACGAGUGGUGAGAUAGCCCAAAUGCAGAACAUAUCAUGAGAAGUAGACUAUUUACAGCGUUAACAGUUCUUAUUUUUAAUGGUGUUUUCUGCGAUCUAGAGAUCAUGUUGUCAGUAGACAAUUCUCAAGCGUGUAUAAAUGGUCUCGUGGAAGGAUCUAAUCAAAUCAUAUUGACUAGUGAAGUUUUCUUUGGUAAAGAAAACGAUUUCCUGUCUGGAGUGGUCUUUCAGAUUUCUAAGAACGAUAAUACAACUUAUAGUAUUAUCGAAAACUGUGAUGGCAGUCCUAAUGACUAUUACUGUCAAUGCUCCACAAGACGGUACCAGCGUACAGUUUCUUGUUAUAUCACAAACCUUAAUAUAACCUUCAGUGAAGCAAGCGUGGUCGCAAGCAUUGGUAAUCUUGCAAAAGGUAACAGAGUUAGUGAGGAAAAAAGAAUUCCUAAAAUCUACCAAACCGACAUGCUUAAGAUAAGUAUAAACGGUAACGUUGUGAAGGGAACGAACCACGACAUGUUCAUAACUAUUUAUGAAAGGAACUUAGAUAUCUGCAUUGACAAUGCCCCAGGCCCAAGCACUAUUACUCUACGCCAGAAUGGGAUACUAUUAGCCUCUAAAAACAAAUGCCUAAACUUCAGGGAUCUUCCAUUGAAGAAUUCAAUCUACGAGAUGUCUGUACAUCUUUGUGAUGCAAUGGAACCAGCCACAAACAUGACCAUAUCAACGUUUGUGAAAGAAGCACAAACUUCAUGGUCAACCAGUCUUUGUGUUAUUGUAGGAUUAAUUAUUCUGGUAUUAUUAGCAAGUAUGGUGGUAUUAUUAAGGAACAGGAAAGAAAUCAAAUCUGGAGGCAGAAAGUAUCUCAGGAUAUGUCCCUUAAAAGAACAAGAUUGCAAAGAGAUAGUUCAAUUCAAACUUCACGGCUGUAGAUCAACUUGUCCAGAUGUGAAUCAACUUGUCCAGAUAUCAACAUGUCCAGAAAUAAAUCAACUUGUCUAAAAGUGAAUUAACAUGUCCUGGUGUUAAAAAAGGUGUUCAGGUGUUAAUCACCCUGUUACAAUCGUAAUCAACCUGUAUUUGUGUAUUUGCAAAUACAGAAUGAAACGCUAUAGAACUAAAUUGUAUCAUAUAUCAGGGAGAAAAAAAUGUAUUUAGGCUUGUUUGUAUUUUGCACUAUACUCUUGUAUUUAGUACUACUUGUACAACAAAGCCUAUAUCCCCUCUGUCUGUACAACAAAGCCUAUAUCCCCUUCUGUCUGUACAACAAAGCCUAUAUCCCCUUCUGUGUGUACAACAAAACCUAUAUCCCCUCUGUCUGUACAACAAAGCCUAUAUCCCCUCUGUCUGUACAACAAAGCAUAUAUCCCCUCUGUCUGUACAUCAAAGCCUAUAUCCCCUCAGUCUGUACAACAAAGCCUAUAUCCCCUCAGUCUGUACAACAAAGCCUAUAUCCAAUCUGUCUGUACAACAAAGCCUAUAUCCAAUCUGUCUGUACAACAAAGCCUAUAUCCAAUCUGUCUGUACAACAAAGCAUAUAUCCCCUCAGUCUGUACAACAAAGCCUAUAUCCAAUCAGUCUGUACAACAAAGCCUAUAUCCAAUCUGUCUGUACAACAAAGCAUAUAUCCCCUCAGUCUGUACAACAAAGCCUAUAUCCAAUCAGUCUGUACAACAAAGCCUAUAUCCAAUCUGUCUGUACAACAAAGCAUAUAUCCCCUCAGUCUGUACAACAAAGCCUAUAUCCAAUCUGUCUGUACAACAAAGCCUAUAUCCAAUCUGUCUGUACAACAAAGCAUAUAUCCCCUCUGUCUGUACAACAAAGCCUAUAUCCCCUCAGUCUGUACAACAAAGCCUAUAUCCAAUCUGUCUGUACAACAAAGCCUAUAUCCAAUCUGUCUGUACAACAAAGCCUAUAUCCCCUCAGUCUGUACAACAAAGCCUAUAUCCAAUCUGUCUGUACAACAAAGCCUAUAUCCAAUCUGUCUGUACAACAAAGCCUAUAUCCAAUCUGUCUGUACAACAAAGCAUAUAUCCCCUCAGUCUGUACAACAAAGCCUAUAUCCAAUCAGUCUGUACAACAAAGCCUAUAUCCAAUCUGUCUGUACAACAAAGCAUAUAUCCCCUCAGUCUGUACAACAAAGCCUAUAUCCAAUCUGUCUGUACAACAAAGCCUAUAUCCAAUCUGUCUGUACAACAAAGCAUAUAUCCCCUCUGUCUGUACAUCAAAGCCUAUAUCCCCUCAGUCUGUACAACAAAGCCUAUAUCCAAUCUGUCUGUACAACAAAGCCUAUAUCCAAUCUGUCUGUACAACAAAGCCUAUAUCCAAUCUGUCUGUACAACAAAGCCUAUAUCCAAUCUGUCUGUACAACAAAGCCUAUAUCCAAUCUGUCUGUACAUCAAAGCCUAUAUCCAAUCUAUCUGUAUGAAAUGUCGUACACGUUAUUUUUUGGGCACUUCCCAUUCUCUACUAAUAAAGCUGAAACUGUGCACACAAUUAUUCAUUGGCCAAGACAACACUUAAAAAUCGACAACAAAAAUCAGUAUCAAGCAUCUUUUUUUUUUAAAUUUGCGUUGAAAAGCUUGAAAGGAAACCUUUUUACAGAUAUCAUCUGUUACCACCCACCCCACCCACCAUCUAAUACACUCAAGUGAUUGAACCAUAGUGCAUUGAGCAUGCUAAAUUAUGAACAUCUUACUGUACAAAAUUAAUUGAUGGAAAUAUUUCCAAUCACACAAAUUUUUUAUGUUAGUCCGAAUCUAUAACAAAAUUAAAGACAUGAUUGGUUCAAAUAGUUGAUCCAAUCAUAUUUAAUACUAUCUCUCUGUCAAAAGAAAGUUUGUUUUUUUUUUUUUUAUUUUAUUAUCUUUUUGUUUACCUGUAACUUAUAUGUAAGGACAUCAAUAAUGUUCAAUAUUUGUUAAGAGUGUUCACGAAAGAAGAAAAAUAUUACCAAAUAUUUUUUUAAAAAAUCUUAGCUUAUACGCAAAGUAAUUGUAUCAAUUAAUUUGGAUUAUUCAUGUUAUAAAAUUUGAAAAGAUCUAGAGAAUCUAGACCAACAAUAAUAAAUCUGUGUGGUUAGAUAUAUUUUUACCAAUAGUUUUUGUUUAAAGAAAUUUGACCCUUUUAGCUUUUUCAAUACUCUAUGAUCCUAUCACUUGUCUGGAACAGUUAAAAAGGUGUGGGGGUGAAAGAACGGAGUAACUGGGUGAUACAUAGAGAGUGCCAUUACGUCAUCAGUAGCGUGAGUGUCCAAUGCCUAGACUGAUACCUCUGAUACCAGGAGGAUUCACAAUCCAGCUUGAACACAGACCAUUGUGUACUAGCUGAUACACUAUCAAGACUAACCUAGCAACUUAGCAUAGUUAUGUUAGUGUAAUUGUAAGAAUUCAUCUUUUUUAUUUUUUUUCCCAAUACAAUGUGAAAACGCGGUUUUAACUAUUAGAGAUGGUAUCUUGUCGUAUAUUAUUGCUAUACAUAGGAGUUGAUCUUUUCUGGUAUUUUUGCUGUUUUACAUAUUCAAUAUUAACGUGGAAUGGACUAUGCAUGCCGAUUUCAAAUUGUAAUUUAACUCUCCAUGCCACUAUUUUUAAAAAUUUUUUUUGAUCAUUUAUUCUUUUUUUCUUUUCUCUUUAUUGUAAAUAGUGUCCUAUAAGUCAUAAGUGAUAGCCUUAGCUGGACAUAUUUCUUUUGUUAGGUUAAUAGGGGCUAUUUCACUUUAAUGUACAUUAUAUACAUUUGUGUGUAUAUAUAUAUAUGUUUAUAUAUAUGUAUAUAAGUAUGUGUAUCAUGGGCGUAGCCAGGGGGGGGUUCUUGGGGUUCAAACCCCCCCCCCCCGAAAUGAAUCCCCCCCCCUCCAAGGGGGGGGGGGGGGAUUCGGAAUUUAGUGACUGAUUUUUUGCUUUGAUUUUGUUUAUUUUAGGUGAGAUUUUAAUACUAAACCAUCACUUGCCCUAGCACAACCAAAGGGGUUUGAGAUUAAAACCCCCUACCAGGGGGGUUCGAGUUUAAAAACCCCUACCAGGGGGGGUUCGAGUUUAAAAACCCCUACCAGGGGGGUUCGAAAGAGAGAGAGAGAGAGAGAAUUAAAUGAUGCAGAUACAAGCUUCACCUAUAUAAUUCACCUUUCUGUUUUGUACAUGCAGAGAUUUGUACUUCAUAAAUAAAUUAUAAAAUAAACAUUUUUAUAGUUCGUCAAGUACUUAAAGUACAAACGUGUUUAAAAAUGUAUAACAGCACUGCAUUGGUCUUGCUAGAAUAUCUGAUUGAAUUGGACCACAAGAUGGCUUCAUUCUUAGAAUUGUCGAUAUAAAUAAAGACUUAAGAUCUA